CGUUUUUAAAUUCUUAGAAAAGUUUAUUUUUAUAUUUUGACAUCUCUAGUAUUAUUUCACAAGUUAAUUAAAAAACAUAAAAAAAUACACACCUAUAAAUAAAAAUAAAAUGGGACUUUUUGGUAAAAGUCAUGAGAAGAAUCCCAAGGAGCAGGUACAAGAAUGGACUCAUAAAUUAAGAAAAGAGGGUUAUCAAUUAGAUCGACAGGUUAGAGCAAUUCAACGUGAGGAAGAUAAAGUUAAAAAAUCUCUGAAAGAGGCAGCCAAAAAAGGUGACAAGGACGUUUGUAAAAUACUAGCUAAAGAAAUAAUACGUGCGCGUAAAGCAUGUAAUAAAAUUUAUACGUCGAAAGCACAUUUAAACUCAGUGUCUCUGCAAAUGAAAAAUCAAUUGGCGACGAUAAGAGUCGCUGGGUCCUUGUCAAAGUCGACGGAAGUUAUGCAGGCGAUGCAGUCACUGAUCAAAGUGCCAGAAGUCGCAGCAACAAUGCGGGAAAUGUCGAAGGAAAUGAUGAAAGCGGGUAUUAUUGAAGAAAUGCUCGACGAAACGAUGGAUUCUAUUGAAGAUUCUGAGGAUAUGGAAGAUGAAGCUGAUGAAGAAGUAGACAAGAUCCUAUGGGAAUUAACUGCUGGACAAUUAGGCACUGCACCAGCAGUUGUUACUGAAACACCUGGUGCUUCAACAUCUAAACAGGAAGAAACAGUAGAAGUUGAUGAUACUGAGCUUGAAGAUAUGAAAAAUCGAUUACAAAGUUUACGAAGUUAAUUUAUGUUUAUAUUUAUUAUUUAAAUUUAAAAGAACCGUACAUAGAACACUAGCUUAUGCUUAACGCCUUACUCCUCACUAACUAGCUUAAUGCACCUGUUAAUAUUAACUUACCUCCUGUUAUUUAUUUUAAAUGACACUUUCAGUGAGUCAGUAUUCAAGCAUAGAAAAUAAAAUUAAUUAUUUUAUUAACUGAAUUGUAUAUUAUAUUUUUUCUUUAAUGAGAAGCUGGCUUCGUGUUCACAAUUUUUCGUACUUUAUAAAAAAAAAAAAUAAUAAUUAAUGUUAAUUGAAAUAUUUGAGCACCAAAAAAAAUUAGUGAAGAUGAAGAAAAAAUAAUGUUAUAUAUUUUGUAACAUUUUUUAUAAAUUAUCUUUUACUAUUUAAUAAGCAUUGUUUUUUUGUUUUAUUUAAUUAAGUAUGUAAAUAAAUACUUAUAAUUUAGGGGUAUGCUAAUAGUUCGAACUUAUUCGUAUCGAAUCGAACUAUUCGAUUUGAACUUCGAAUCGAACAAUUUAAAUUUUUCGAAUUAUUCGUAAGUUUUCGAAAUAUUCGUAAGUUUUUGAAUUAUUCGUAAACUUUUGAAUGAUAUUUAAGUUUUCGAAUAAUUACAAAAUUUACAAAUUCCAAAAUUAUCUUUGGAACGACUGAAAAUUGCAAUAGUUUUUAGAAUAAUUCAAAUUUCAGUCGGAGGUAAAUAGAGCUUAGACACAAAUCUAUUAAAUAAAAAUUGAAUACAGUAGGACCUCGUUAUAAAACUAUUAGUUUCUCUCUCAAACUAUCGCGAUACCUGGUUCAUAAAAAAGACAGAACGAUAGUCUUAUAACGAGGUCCGACUGUAUAUGAAAGCUUUCCAAAAUUUUCUCGUUUCGUAUCGAGCGAUUUGAAAAGUUACAAAUAAUUCAAAAAUUUUCAGAUGAUUCUAAAAUUGACGAAUAGUUUGAAAAGUUACGAGAAAGUUACGGAAAUUCUGAAUUAUUCGAAUCGAAUAGAUAUAUUCGAUUCAAACCCGAUUCGCAUACCCCUAUUUAUUGAUAAUAUGUUUGAUUGCUUUAUAAAAAGUUACGUCAAUUAUAAAUAAAGUUUAAAAUUUUUGAAAUGAGAUAAAUAAA